UUGCCUACUGUUGAGAUAUUGCAAGUUCCGCCUGCAACAUGGAUACAUCAAACGAAAACUUUGGACCAAAUCAUUUACAACAUGCUCGCUUAAAUCGCGGAGACAAAUAAUUUGUUCAAAAAGGGAUUUCCUUCACAUUUCUACAUUUAACCCAAUGUUUUCAGCUCUUGGAAUUAGGUGCUGCAGUGGUAAUGUAAUUGAUCGGGCGCAAAAGAAAAAGAGUAUAUUUCAAUCAAAAACCAUUGUACCACGAAUUAAGUUACCAUUAAUAAUUUCUGGAUUCACUGGAGGGAAAUCUGGCCAACAAAAAAGAGACUGUUUUCAUCCCGGUGUAUCCAGUGUAAGUCGUGAAACUAUCGAUUUUAAAGACAAGGAACCAGUUACAGCUUCAAACAUGAUUAAAGCAAUGCUUAGAUAUAUUUGGCCAAAGGAUGAUCCAGAAAUAAGAAAUAGAGUCAAAGUAGCUAUUGCUUUACUUGCUGGUGCAAAAGUUUUAAACGUUGGUGUUCCAUUUAUUUUUAAAUAUGCAGUAGAUACACUUAAUGCUCAAAGUAUUGCAGCUGGUGGCAAUGCUGUUCUAGGUCUAGAAACUGCACCAGAAACAGUGACAACAAUAGCAACAUCAUUACUCAUAGGAUAUGGUAUAGCACGGGCAGGUGCAGCUGGUUUUAGCGAACUGCGGAAUGCAGUCUUUGCAAAAGUUGCACAGCAUUCUAUUAGAAGAAUAGCUAACAAUGUAUUCCUACAUUUACACAAUUUAGAUAUGGCUUUUCAUCUGUCCAGGCAAACAGGAGCAUUAUCAAAGACAAUUGACAGGGGAAGCCGUGGCAUAAAUUUUGUAUUAAGUGCUAUGGUGUUUAAUGUUGUACCCACUGUUUUUGAGUUAGGACUGGUCAGUACAAUACUAUAUUUAAAAUGUGGUGGAGAAUAUGCAGCUGUUGCAUUAGGUUGUGUUGGCAUUUAUGCUGUAUUCACUUUGGCUGUUACACAGUGGCGAACUAAAUUCAGAAUUUUUAUGAAUCAAGCAGAAAACGAAGCAAGCAACAAAGCAAUAGAUUCACUUAUUAAUUACGAAACAGUGAAGUACUUUAACAACGAAAAAUUCGAAGCAGAAAGGUAUGAUGUAUCAUUGAAAAAGUAUGAAGCUGCAUCUCUUAAAACCAGUACAAGUUUAGCAAUGUUAAACUUUGGACAAAAUGCUAUAUUUAGUGCUGCUUUAAGUUUAAUAAUGGUAUUAGCAUCUAAGAAUAUUAUAAAUGGUACUAUGACAGUUGGAGAUUUAGUAUUGGUUAACGCUCUUUUAUUCCAAUUGUCAGUCCCAUUAGGAUUCUUGGGUUCAGUGUACCGUGAAGUUAGACAAGCCCUUAUUGACAUGCAAACUAUGUUUACUUUGAUGACAAUGGACACAGCUAUUAAGUCCAAAGAGAAUGCGACGCAAUUCAAUAUAACUCCGAUGAAUUCAGACAUUGAAUUCAAAAAUGUUAGCUUUCAGUAUUGCGAGGGCAAGCCAAUUUUUAAUGAUAUCAACUUCACAAUUCCAAGUGGAAGGAAAAUUGCUAUUGUUGGAGGAUCCGGGAGCGGCAAGACAACAAUAGUAAGAUUAUUAUAUAGGUUCUUUGAGCCAAAUUCUGGAAGUGUUUAUAUCAAUGGACACAAUAUUCAAGAUUUGGAGUUAGACGCUUUGAGAAGGUCAAUAGCAAUAGUACCACAGGACACUGUCCUCUUCCAUGAAAGUAUCUUCUAUAAUAUUCAUUAUGGAAAUUUAAAUAAAUCUAAAGAAGAAGUUUUCAAGGCUGCCAAAAUGGCAAACUUACACGACAACAUUCUUCAAUGGCCAAGGGGAUAUGAUACACCAGUUGGUGAACGAGGCUUGAAACUGAGUGGAGGUGAAAAGCAACGUGUAGCGAUUGCUAGAGCAAUUUUAAAAAAUAGUCCAAUAUUAAUUUUUGACGAAGCCACAUCGUCUUUAGAUUCUAUUACAGAACAUAAUAUUCUUGAAGCAUUACGCCGGGCAACUAUCGGACGAACAUCCAUUGUCAUAGCACAUCGUUUAUCUACUGUGAUGGACUCAGAUGAAAUUUUCGUAUUAAAUCAUUGUAAAUUGAUCGAGAGAGGAACACACCAAUCAUUGUUAGCUAUGCCGAAUUCCUUUUACAGUAAAUUAUGGGAUACUCAACAUAUAGGAAUGCUCAAGGAUCAUCAAGGGAAAGAUAAUAAUAAAGCUCAGGGAGCUUGA